CGCCCCCGCGCCGGUGAUGGGGACGCGGCGCUGAGGAAGGGCUUGGGCGGCAGCGGGGAGAGCGUGCGUGCGUGCGGGCGGCAGCCGGGGCGCCGCCGCCGGCAGCAGCGGCAGCGUGCGGAGGACGGGGCAUGCGGAGCGGGCGCCGCCGGGGGGCUGCAGCUGUGGGCUCCGCGGCGCUGAGGAAGGAGGCGGCGGCGGCGGCGGCGGUGGUGGUUCCUCCGCCGGGCUCAGUGUGACCGCGUCGCUGCGCCCGGCAGCCGCAGGAAGAGGGGGGCCGGGGCGGCAGCGGUCCUUCCCCGGUGGCGGCGAGCGGGAGGCGGCGGUUCCCCCGCGGCUGUAAGAGGCGGCGGCGGCAGCCCGGCUGCGCAACGGCGACGGCGGCCGCGCCUCAAGUUGGUGCGAGGCAGCGGCCGCCGCGACGAGCGGGCGGUGGGCGGCUCGUCCCCGUCCCCGCCGCCGCCCGGAGGUUUUACCCGGCGGGACUCUCCUCCUCCGGGCUCCCGGUGACAGGCGCAGCAGCGGCGGGGCCGGCGGCGCCCAUUGCCUCCCCCCGACGGUCGGCCGCCCCGCAGCGACAGAGAGGGCCGAGGACAGCCUUAAGACCUUGUGGAUGGAAGACCUCUUGUGCUUCUACGUUCAUGUCAGAAUGGCCUAGGCCAGUCUGUUGCUCUAUGGUUCCUACCACAGGCACUCUACAGCAAUGUAUUGGGAUUUUGCCACCAGUGCUAGUGGACCAUCCAGAUGGCUGUAAACCUGCAGAGGAGAUAUAGAACGGGGUCUCUCAAACUGGAUUAAAGAAACCUGUUGAUGUUUUUAUUUAUACUUUUUUUUAUUUUUGUAUUUGACUUAAAGUGCCAUGAAAAAAUUUGCAUAUUGCAAGGUGGUCCUUGCCACCUCUUUGGUUUGGGUCCUUCUGGAUAUGUUUCUAUUGCUGUACUUCAGUGAAUGCAACAAAUGUGACGAGAAAAAAGAACGAGGCCUCCCUGCUGGAGAUGUUCCAGAACCUAUACAAAAACCACAUGAAGGACCUGGAGAGAUGGGGAAGCCUGUGGUCAUUCCAAAAGAGGAGCAAGAAAAAAUGAAAGAAAUGUUUAAAAUAAAUCAAUUUAAUUUAAUGGCAAGUGAAAUGAUUGCACUCAACAGAUCUUUACCUGAUGUCAGGUUAGAAGGGUGUAAAACGAAGGUGUACGCAGACAACCUUCCCACAACAAGCGUUGUCAUUGUUUUUCACAAUGAGGCUUGGAGCACGCUUCUACGAACUGUUCACAGUGUGAUAAACCGGUCACCACGACACAUGCUGGAGGAAAUCGUCCUCGUCGAUGAUGCCAGUGAAAGAGACUUCUUGAAAAGACCGCUGGAGAAUUAUGUGAAAAAAUUAAAAGUACCUGUUCAUGUGAUUCGAAUGGAGCAGCGUUCUGGAUUGAUUAGAGCCAGAUUAAAGGGGGCUGCUGUUUCUAAAGGCCAGGUCAUCACCUUCCUAGAUGCUCAUUGCGAAUGUACAGUCGGCUGGCUUGAACCUCUGCUGGCAAGGAUCAAAGCUGACAGGAGAACAGUAGUGUGUCCCAUCAUUGAUGUAAUUAGCGAUGACACCUUUGAAUAUAUGGCAGGUUCUGAUAUGACCUAUGGUGGAUUCAACUGGAAGUUGAAUUUCCGUUGGUAUCCUGUUCCUCAGAGAGAGAUGGAUCGGCGGAAAGGAGAUCGAACCCUUCCUGUUAGGACACCUACCAUGGCAGGAGGUCUUUUUUCAAUAGACAGAGAUUACUUUCAGGAAAUUGGAACAUACGAUGCUGGAAUGGAUAUUUGGGGUGGAGAAAACUUAGAAAUUUCUUUCAGGAUUUGGCAGUGUGGUGGCACUUUGGAAAUUGUAACUUGUUCACAUGUCGGGCAUGUGUUCAGAAAAGCAACACCAUACACUUUUCCAGGAGGUACAGGGCAGAUAAUCAACAAAAACAACAGGCGGCUUGCAGAAGUCUGGAUGGAUGAAUUCAAAAACUUUUUUUACAUCAUUUCCCCAGGAGUUACUAAAGUCGAUUAUGGGGACAUAUCAACACGACUUGGACUAAGACGCAAGCUCCAGUGCAAGCCUUUCUCCUGGUACCUGGAGAAUGUUUAUCCUGAUUCCCAAAUUCCACGCCAUUAUUUUUCUCUGGGAGAGAUAAGAAACGUGGAGACAAACCAAUGUCUGGAUAACAUGGCAAGAAAAGAAAACGAGAAAGUUGGAAUCUUUAACUGCCAUGGAAUGGGUGGCAAUCAGGUCUUCUCAUACACUGCCAACAAAGAAAUUCGAACAGAUGAUUUGUGUUUAGAUGUAUCCAAACUUAAUGGCCCAGUAACGAUGCUCAAGUGCCACCAUCUAAAAGGAAACCAACUUUGGGAAUAUGAUCCAGUGAAAUUAACCCUGUUGCAUGUGAACAGUAACCAGUGCCUGGACAAAGCCACCGAAGAGGACAGCCAGGUACCCAGCAUCAGAGACUGCAACGGCAGCCGCUCCCAGCAGUGGCUGCUUCGCAAUGUCACCCUUCCAGAAAUAUUCUGAGAGGUUCUAAAGAAAAGCAAGGAUUGACUGGGCUACCUCGGCUGAUACUUUGGCUACACUGUUAAGUAGCAACAGAAGAAACUUCUGCUCGGCAGAAUCCACAGUUCGUCAGCUGUUAGAACUCCUGCAGCUUCUCAGUAGCUGCGAACCAGCCUUCCUCUAUAAGGAUGUGAAACUACCACACAUACUAGUGAAACUGCGCCCACUGAUGUUUACAAGAUCGAAAGAGUUUCUUCCAGCAAAUAAUUUAGAGAACGUUUGGACAGUGGAAACAUAAUCAGUGAAAUAGUCUCUCUGAAGAGCUGCAUAUCGUUGUAGUUUGCUUGCACAUCAGGAACCUCUGCUGAAAGUGCUGUUGUAAUGAAGAAAGUUCCAAGAAUUAUUUUUUUUUUCCUGGUUAGCAGUGGUAACCAGGCUACUAAAUAUAGAUCCACAAAUAAAUGAGAGAGAGCUGGAAACCAGAUUCAGUAACACAAAAUAAGAAUUCUGUGGUUUAAAAACAAAAAGUAAACAGGGUUUAAUGGAAACUAAAUCAGAACUAUGAGAAGUACAAUUUGUUAUAGUGAAGUAUCAAAUUUAUAUGUAGAUUUUAUACCUCAGUGGGGGAAAAUAACCAAGUCAAAAGGCAAUUGUUUCUCUUUUUCAAUUGUGUGAUAGUCCAUAAAUACUUUUUUUUUUUUCUGGUGGGUCUAAAAUUAUUUUGGGCGCAAACGAAAUGAGUAUAAGAAUAAACUUAGUCCUUGGAUGUCA